UAACCUACCCCCUCCCUCCUGCUGCUGGAUUAUUUCCGCUCAGCUCUUUCUUGACUCGGAACGUUUUCUUUUCAAACCUCCCCAGAUUGGCCAUCUUUUUAAACUCACUUAUCACUACAAAAUAAGAAAAGAGAAGCUUGUUAUUUACUUUGUUAUUGUCACCGCCCAAUAAGGACAAUGACAACCUUCUGGCUGCUUUCUUCAAAUCCAUAACGGUCUUUCACAGCACAGAACCAUUUGCUGGCAGGAUUAACGUGUGCUGUAUCGCGGUAGUCCCAGGAUCUUCCAUUCAUCUGCAUAGGAAGAUUAAAGCAGCCAACCCUCUGCGAAUGGGAUGAAUAUGCUGCUCUGGGCUGUCCAUCGACUGCACUUUAGUGAUUGAACCACUCGGGCAGCUGCGGUUCCCAGUCAUGCUCCCAAUGCCAGAGUUUACAGUCUGAGCUGCUUUUUUUUUUUUCUGGGGGGGGGGGGCGGGGUGGGAGGGUGGCCCGACGGAUUAGAACAUUUUCUUCAAAGUGGAGUACCGUAAACUUGAUAUGGACAGUAAAAAGAAAGACAAGGACAAACCUGAAGACAGGAUGGCGAGGCCGAGUGGACGGUCGGGUGGUCACAACUCACGGGGCAGCAGCUCCUCCAACUCGGGAGUCCUCAUGGUAGGACCCAACUUUCGUGUGGGCAAAAAAAUAGGAUGUGGCAAUUUUGGAGAACUUAGAUUAGGUAAAAAUUUGUACACAAAUGAAUAUGUUGCAAUUAAGCUGGAACCAAUGAAGUCCAGGGCCCCACAAUUACACUUGGAAUACAGAUUCUACAAGCAGUUAGGAUCAGGAGAUGGGGUACCUCAGGUUUAUUAUUUCGGGCCAUGUGGAAAAUACAAUGCAAUGGUGCUUGAACUACUGGGACCUAGUUUGGAAGACCUGUUUGAUCUCUGUGACAGGACGUUUUCACUUAAAACAGUUCUUAUGAUAGUGAUACAACUGAUUACCCGAAUGGAGUAUGUCCACUCAAAAAACUUGAUAUACAGAGAUGUUAAACCAGAGAACUUCUUAAUAGGAAGACCGGGUAGCAAAAACCAGCAAAUUAUUCACAUUAUAGAUUUUGGUCUUGCAAAGGAAUACAUUGAUCCAGAGACAAAGAAGCACAUCCCUUACAGAGAACACAAGAGCCUUACUGGAACAGCCAGAUACAUGAGCAUAAACACACAUUUAGGAAAAGAACAAAGUAGGAGAGAUGAUCUGGAAGCGCUAGGUCACAUGUUUAUGUAUUUCCUCAGAGGCAGCCUUCCCUGGCAAGGUCUAAAGGCAGACACUUUAAAAGAAAGGUAUCAGAAAAUAGGGGACACAAAGAGGUCGACGCCAAUAGAAGUAUUAUGUGAGAAUUUUCCAGAGGAGAUGUCUACCUACCUACGCUAUGUUAGAAGGUUGGACUUCUUUGAAAAACCAGACUAUGACUAUUUGCGGAAGCUCUUUACAGACUUGCUUGAUCGAAGGGGUUUUAUGUUCGAUUACGAGUACGACUGGGUUGGCAAACAACUUCCGACUCCAGUGGGGCCAGUUCAAACAGAUGCUGCACUGUCUUCUUCAAACAGAGAUGCACAUCAGCACAAGGAUAAAACGCAGCAAGCCAAAACUCAGUCGACAGAACACAGGGCAGCUUGGGAGCCCCAGCAGACCAAUUCCCACCAAUUGAGAGCUGACCUAGCAGCUGACAGACAUGGUGGCUCGGUACAGGUGGUUAGCUCAACAAACGGGGAGCUGAACACAGACGACCCAACCGCAGGACACUCGAAUGCACCCAUCACAGCACCUGCAGAAGUAGAAGUAAUGGAUGAGACAAACUGCCAGAAAGUGUUGAACAUGUGGUGCUGUUGCUUUUUCAAGCGAAGAAAAAGGAAAACAAUUCAGCGUCACAAAUGACUGUGGAAGCGCGCAGACCAUGGGGAAUUACUUACAUGUUCAUCUGCUGUCUCGUGAUAAUAAAAACCAUCUCUGCAGUGACAACAAAAAAACAUUCUCCAAGGAUUCCUCCUAAAAUUUGUUGCGCCAGUUUGUUAGGUUUAGUUGUCUUCAGUUGUUUGUUUUUUUUUUGUUUGUUUUUUUUUAAUAUAAAUUCAUCCCAGUCAUCUGGAAGCUUUAAAGAUUCAUUGAGAUAUAACUAUUUAUUUUGGAAUUUAAAUUGUAAUACCAAGGUGCGCGCUGUGUCCCUGGCAUUUGGCAACAUUAUUUGAUAAGCGUAUAAGGGGAUAUAUAUUUAUAUAUUUCCAAGUCAUAUAUGUAGGGAAAACAUUGCAGUGAAUUUUACAAUGAUAAAACCCAUGGAUAUAUUGCUAACUGAUUGUAAGAACAAUCGGAGGGAGGGCGGGGGAGGGGGAGGAGCAGAAGGAUAUAAAUAUAUUUUUUUUCCAUCUUCAUUGCCAAUUUAUUUAGUUUUUUGUUAAUGCACUGAUUUUAUUUUAUUUUUCAGUAGUGAUGGUACUGUACAUUUUGUGUUUUGGUGAAGCAUUACAUUCUUUAUUCUUUCUGCAAUGCAAUUGGUACAGUCACUGUCCAGAGGUACCUAGGAACAAGUGAACAGAGAUGCAGAUUUUUUUUCGACAGAUGGUGGACCUGAGUGCGUCUUCUGCAGUACACACAGCAUGGGAUGGCCCUGGACUCAAAUCGUACUUCAGUUGUACCUUGAAUGGAAGUACAGUGUAGUAGAAACAGCAGCAUGUGCUUGUACAAUUUUACAAACUGUUUGUAUUGUGACUUGUGCUUCCUGAAGAAUUUUGUUUGAGAUGGAACGAUACAAUACGUUAGCAGAGAGGCGUGUGCUUAAAACUUAAAGAAAUAAAUCAAUCAAUCAAUCAAUUACACGUUUUAGGGAAUGAAGUUCAGAUCUGGAGCAAAAAGGGACGUUGGGAUUCAUUGAUGAAUGUAUACCUGGACAAUGUUGGCGUAGCGUUAGACCAAAAUGUCUCUUAAAACUGGAGCUUAUGCCUGUUGCUGGACAACACUGAUCACCCUCCGUUAGAUGACAACCUGGAUGUGCCAUGAAAUGGUGUUUAACUCUGCCUGUACAAUAAUUUGCGCUUUGGUGCAUGGUAUACCAAGAACACAAUGAAAGUGGGUCAGAUAAUACUGCCUUCUGCAUACAUUCGGUGUGGUACCGAAGCUCUGCUCUAAACCUCUGAUACUGCCAGGUAGUAUUGACCGUCAGAGACAAAGGAUGGGCCUGGUACCCCUCCCCCUCCCCCCCCCCCCCCCCCCCCCACAGUCCCUUGAAGUGCCUGCAUUAUGAACAAACCAGCUCUUCUUCGAUAAAAGGCGAUUCAUUCCACUUUCCAUUCUGUGCUUUGACUUGGACAAUAAUGGAAAAAUGUGUGCAAAGAGGUUAUAGACCUUUUUUUUUUUUUCUUGAGAAAACAAGAGUGUAAUAGCUGAGUAGUGGGAGAAGAAAACCACAAGUGACUGCUGUCAAUUUAGUGAAAUUAAAAUUGAAAUGGUCCAGAAACAACUAGACCACAAAUUAAUAUUUGUACAGUAUUUACAGGUUUUACCCAAUCGGGACACAGAAUAGUUAACACUUGUAUUGUGCCAUUCGAAGUUGAGUGCAGAAAGUGAUGAGCUGAAGCCUCUAUGCACGCACACCUUUGAAUUCAUUAUUGUAUUUAGAUUACAGGGAUCCUUGUUUUCUGCUUUGUAAAUUUUUAUUUCCCCUUUAAUAGCCAGCCAUGCAGUAGAUUGGCUUGAGAGUGGUCUUAUGAUUUGUGUAUUAACCUGUAAUCUAAUAGUCCUCCAUCUCUGUGGCAUUCACUCCACAGUAUUUGCUCUUUCAGGAAAUCUUGCAUUGCUUUGUUUUGAGUCUGUAUGGAGUGUUUUCUUGUAUCAUUUAAUCAGAAAUGUCAGAACUAGCUCAUUUUAAUGUUUAAUAAUGUCUUGCAUUGAAAAGCCAUUUUGCUGUAAAUUCCUGUUUUUGGGCUACAAAUUAUAAAAAAUAUAGUUGGGAGGGUGGGGGGGCUCUUAGUAGACCACACUGAAACCACCUCAGUCUCUGCAGUAUUUGACCAAAUCUUUCUUUUACCCUCUAAUUGUGUGUAAAUGUGUGUAGUAUGAUUUCUGUAUUCAUAAGGUCAUACUUUACUUUUUUAGUUUAUUUUUUUUUGUAGGUCCCCUUUUUGCCUGUACAGUGUUUAUACAAUCUGGACUUGUCACAGGUAGCAAGGUGUGUGUCUCUGUGUGUGUAGAAUUAAUCUAAUUAUGGACUAUAAGCUUAACAAAAUACAUCUUUUCAUUUUCCUGCAAUUGAGACCAGUGCAUAUACACCUGCUUGUUAGCAAUAUUUCAAGUAAUGUGUUUGUAUGCCCAGGAAGUUUUUCUGGCAUUGCAUAUUGGUCAUGAUUGGGUAACGCAGCUGUGUUUCGUUUAGGACGACAAUAUUGUGCAUUCAUUGCUUUCCUGUUCAUACUAAUGAAGUCAAAUUUGCCUGACUGUCUAAGUAAUGUACUACAUCCCUGUUUAAGAAUAUGUAACUGAGGAAACAAUUAAUAAAAGUAGUUUUUUUAAA